CCGUCUUCCUCCCUCUCUCACGGCCACCUUCGCCCACCACCACCACCACCACCAUUUCACUCACCUCACUCUCUUCCUCCAUAACCUAUGCUCGCUGUGGCCACGGGGAGACUGACGCGGCUAUGCGCCCUGCCGCGCUGUCGACUCGCGCCAGCCGUCACCAAGCCUGCCAUCAGCGCCACGCCUGCUGCCACCGCCGUUGCGUCUGCUGAUGCGAGCAUUGCGGCUGCGGAAUCAAGACGUUGGGCAUCGGCGCCGGCGGCCGAUCACGAUUCAGCAGUCGAGGUGCUGAAGACAGACAUCAUCAACGCCGCGCUGGAGGCUGUGCCGAGACUUGGCUUUACUCGCGAGGCCGUCCGCGCUGGCGUGGCCUCGAUGGGAUACGCUCCGACGCUGGAGGCCAUUUUCCCCCGCGGUGGGGGUGACCUCUUUGAUGCCUUUGCUCGGAGAUGCAACGUCGUCCUUGCCCGCCAUCUCCGCGCAGAGAUCGACUCGGACGCUCCGCCCGAGCGCCGCCUCGCCGCCGCCAUCCGCAUCCGCCUCGAGCCACACGCCCGGUUCUCGUCCGAUGUCAUGGCGGCUGCGCUUGCUCAGCAGGUGGCUGUCCCGGAGAACGUGGCACCUGCAGCGCGCGAGCUCGCGCUCAUGGCAGACGAGAUCGCGCGUGGAGUCGCCUGGCCUCUCCACGUGCCUGGCGCGGACGGGCAUGGGAAGCCCGGCAGCACCGAUGCUCGCACCCACGCACGCAGCGUUGCAGAGUGGAGCCAGCGGAGGAUGGCGGUUGCUGGCGUCUACGCUCUGUCACAAACGUACAUGCUCGCCGAUCCGUCGGCGCACCACGCGGAUACCUGGGCCUUUGUCGACCGCUGGUCCGCCAAGGCCGUGGCCUCAACCGAGACCUCACAGGCCUGGCUCGACGUCCUCGGCCCGACUCUCGGCUCGUGGUGGCACUCGCUCCACGUGCCCAUCGCCAACGCCCCGCCAGCCGCCGUCGAGACCAGCGCGCGUCCGGCAGCCAGCGUGGAGCUGUAA